UUUAAAACGAAGGGGAAUCUGGGCGUGGGCGUGGAUUACCUAUUUAUAUUUAUUUUAGUUAAGGGUGCAAAAUGCAAAUUAUUACCUUCUUCUGGAAGUUAGCAACAGCCAGCCACGAAACUGUGACUCUUAUCUCCACCCAGUUUUUGAUUCUUUGAUCCCAUUUUACAGAUCAACUAUCGGUGGUCACACUGAUACUACUUGAGGAACGAGCAACCAAGAAAGCCUUGGUUUUAGGAAUAGCUACUUACCCUAUUGUGACUGCAUAUGUGAUGGGGGUUUCCGGUGUACUGCAGCCGCCCCCGCCCCUGAUGGCGGUGUCAUCAUUGUUCUACCACCGGUGUCCGUCUCUGCGCCCGUCUUACCUCCCAUUUAGCAGUACCAUAGCUGUUCGGAAGCACAAUGGCCGCAUUUCAGGGCUGGUGUUUGUUAAUAAAGAAGAUACCUUUUUCACUUCCUCUUCCACCCCCACUCCCCUACCCACCCAAAAUGAAACUGAACAAGCCGCUGACCCAGAUUCGCAGGACCUUGAAUAUGUAUCACAGAUUAAAACAGUUUUGGAGCGUCUUAGGAAAAACAGAGAUAUGCUCUUCAAUGAGGUCAAAUUAACUAUAAUGAUUGAAGAUCCUAGAGAUGUUGAACGGAGGCGUCUGCUCGGCAUUGAUGAUGAAAAUGCUCCUACCAGAGAUGAUCUCGCUGCCGCUUUAGUCCAAGUAAAUGAAGGACAAAUCCCUGAAAAUCGUGCCGCUUUGCAGAUGCUUGCUGAGGAAAUGCUUCAAUGGCCUAAUUUGGAGGUUGAAGCUCCAAAACAAAAAGAACGAGGCAAAUCGUUGUAUGCGAAAUUCACAGACACCGGUGUUAAUCCACAAGAGGCUGCCAAGAGGCUGAACAUUGAUUGGGAUUCAGCUGCUGAGAUUGAGGAUGCUGAGACAAGUGAAGUGGAGGUGCCACCUGCUGUGGGAUAUGGAGCUCUUUACUUGGUUACAGCAUUUCCAGUCAUUAUCGGUAUCUCGGUUGUGCUGAUUCUAUUUUACAACUCUCUCCAAUAAAUCAUUAUAUGCAUGAGCUAAAAGAUUAUUAUUUGAGUUUGUACAUUUGAAUUGUUUAUAAUGGCAGGUUAAUGAAAUUAUAAAUAUCGGAUCAGUUUCAGUUUUAUUUA